CCCGGGGCUGCCGCGGGGGCCCCCAACGGCCCUCAGCCAAUCCCAAAGCGCCCACGCCGCCCGCGCCCAAUCCCAGCGCGCCGCGCUGAUGACUCAUCAGUCGCCGGGAAGACGCCUCGAAAAAAGGGCCCCAACUGCGCCCUCAGCCAAGCCCAGCGCGCCCCAAACCCCCCAAAACGGCGCCGCCCGGCUGGUUUUGGGCUGUCAGCAGCUGUCCGGCGCUGGGCAUGGAGCGUGUGCGGGGAGCUGGGGCCGUGCUGGCGGUGCUGGUGGUGCUGGGAGCCCCCCCGGCUGCGGGCGAGGAGCUGUCGGGGGUGUUCCAGUGGAUGGGAAAACAGGAGUGUCAUUUCAUCAACGGCACCGAGCAGGUGAGGUUCCUGGAGAGGCACUUCUACAACCGGGAGCAGCUCCUGCAUUUUGACAGCGAUGUGGGGGUCUAUGUGGGGGACACCGCAUUUGGGGAGAUCCAGGCAAGAGAUUAUAACAGCCACCGUGAAUAUCUGAAGUACAAACGGGGUCAGGUGGACACGUACUGCCGGUACAACUACAAACUUGGUACCCCGUUCAGCGUGGAGAGGAGAGGUGAGCGUGGGGCAGAGCGGGUCCCCUCGGCCCCUGCCCCGGGAAUGACCCUGGAGCCCCUCAAACCCUCCCUAGGAAUCACCCCAGACCUCUCAGCCCUCCCUGUGCCCGUUCCUGUGAGGUGGUUCCAGGAUGGGCAGGAGCUGCCGGAGCACGUGGUGGCCACCGACGUGGUCCCCAACGGGGACUGGACCUACCAGGUGCUGGUGUUGCUGGAAAUCCCCCCCCGGCGCGGGGUCACCUACAGCUGCCAGGUGGAGCACGUCAGCCUGGAGCACCCCCUCAGCCGGCACUGGGCGAUGUCACCGGACACCGGCCGCAGCAAGAUCCUGGUGGGGGUCGGGGGCUUCGUCUUGGGCUUGGUCUUCCUGGUGCUGGGGCUCGGCUUCUACCUGCGGGAGAAGAGCUCCUGA